AGUUCUACACAGCGGUGGAGAUGACGGCCGGCAAUAAGCUGUUCCAUCAUAUCGUGGAGAACGACAAAGUGGGCACAAGAAUACUCCAGGAGAUGAAUAAAAUGAAACUUCCGGGUGAAGUCACUUUCAUGCCUAUCAACCGACUCUUCUCUAAAGAGAUCAAUUAUCCCGAAACUGCGGACGCCAUUCCAAUGAUAAGUCGAUUGACUUAUGACAACAAACAUGAGAUUGUUAUGCGCUUCAUAUUUGGCAAAACACUUAUUUGCCGAUCGCUAGAAGUGGCCACAUCUCUGGCCCGAAGCUCUCACUUGGAUUGCAUUACAUUAGAUGGCGAUCAGGUGUCACAUAAGGGCUCUCUGACGGGCGGCUACUUUGACUCGCGGCGGUCGCGCCUCGAACUCCACAAAACGCAUACAUCACUCGUGACUGAAAUACAGGAACAGAAGGAACAGCUGGACGGACACCACCAGAAGCUGAAUAAUUUCGAUUGCGGUAAAGAGUUCUACACAGCGGUGGAGAUGACGGCCGGCAAUAAGCUGUUCCAUCAUAUCGUGGAGAACGACAAAGUGGGCACAAGAAUACUCCAGGAAAUGAAUAAAAUGAAACUUCCGGGUGAAGUCACUUUCAUGCCUAUCAACCGACUCUUCUCUAAAGAGAUCAAUUAUCCCGAAACUGCGGACGCCAUUCCAAUGAUAAGUCGAUUGACUUAUGACAACAAACAUGAGAUUGUUAUGCGCUUCAUAUUCGGCAAAACACUUAUUUGCCGAUCGCUAGAAGUGGCCACAUCUCUGGCCCGAAGCUCUCACUUGGAUUGCAUUACAUUAGAUGGCGAUCAGGUGUCACAUAAGGGGUCUCUGACGGGCGGCUACUUUGACUCGCGGCGGUCGCGCCUCGAACUCCACAAAACGCAUACAUCACUCGUGACUGAAAUACAGGAACAGAAGGAACAGCUGGACGGACACCACCAGAAGCUGAAUGACGUCGAGUCCCAAAUCAAUCAAAUUGUGGGCGAAAUGCAAAGGGCGGAGACGAAGAACAGCAAAAACAAAGACACGUUCGACAAAAUGAAGACAGAUAUUCGUCUAUUGAAGGACGAGUUGGCGACCAUUGAGAGGUCGCGACAGCCCAAAGAGAGGAGUCUCGUGAGCCACGAGUCGAGUCUCAACUCAAUGGAAUCGCUGGAAGAGUCGCUGCGCAAUGAAUUACAACAGGACUUAUUGACACAACUGUCUGUGUCUGACCAGCAAGAGGUCGAUCGACUCAACGACGAGAUCAGACAACUGACUCAGAAGAAUAAAGAGGCGUUCAGUCGGCGCAUGCAUUUGGAGGCCCAGAAGAAUAAGUUGGAGAAUCUUCUGAACAACAAUCUGUGUCGCCGUAAAGACGAGUUGGAGGCCGCACUCCAAGAGAUCUCCGUCGAAGACCGGCGCCAGAAGUUGGAGAGCGAACGCCAGGAACUGAAUGUCAUCAGCGGUCGCAUCGAUGACGUGAACGAACAAAUCAAGACAUUGGAUGAGAGCCUCGAAUCGAUGGCCAAAAAGCAAAGAGAGUUUCAAAUUGAUUUGGAGAAGAAGAAGAGCGACGAAAGGGAUACCAUUGAACGCAUUAACGAAGACUCCAAAGACUUGGAGAAAAUGACAUCAAAACAGUCGGUUCUGAGCAAAAAAUCAAUGGAAUCGCUGGAAGAGUCGCUGCGCAAUGAAUUACAACAGGACUUAUUGACACAACUGUCUGUGUCUGACCAGCAAGAGGUCGAUCGACUCAACGACGAGAUCAGACAACUGACUCAGAAGAACAAAGAGGCGUUCAGUCGGCGCAUGCAUUUGGAAGCCCAGAAGAAUAAGUUGGAGAAUCUGCUGAACAACAAUCUGUGUCGCCGUAAAGACGAGUUGGAGGCCGCGCUCCAAGAGAUCUCCGUCGAAGACCGGCGCCAGAAGUUGGAGAGCGAACGCCAGGAACUGAAUGUCAUCAGCGGUCGCAUCGAUGACGUGAACGAACAAAUCAAGACAUUGGACGAGAGCCUCGAAUCGAUGGCUAAAAAGCAAAGAGAGUUUCAAAUUGAUUUGGAGAAGAAGAAGAGCGACGAAAGGGAUACUAUUGAACGCAUUAACGAAGACUCCAAAGACUUGGAGAAAAUGACAUCAAAACAGUCGGUUCUGAGCAAAAAAGUAGAGGAAUGUAUGCGAAAGAUCCGCGAAUUGGGAACACUUCCCGGAGACGCAGAGACUAAGUACGCGAACCUAAGUCUUAAGCAACUCUAUAAAAAGCUUCAACAAUGCAAUCAAGAGCUCCAGAAGUAUAGUCACGUGAAUAAGAAAGCGUUGGAUCAAUACCUGGACUUUUCCGAGAAGAAGGAGAAACUGCUUCAACGGAAGGCCGAUUUGGACGCCGGACACCGGUCUAUAGUGGACCUCAUGACAGCUCUAGAGCAGCGCAAAUACGAAGCCAUUCAAGUGACGUUCAGACAGGUGUCGAUGUUCUUCGGCGAAGUGUUCAAACGUCUGGUGCCGUCGGGAAGGGCUCACCUCGACAUGAAGACCGAGGACGUGGCCAAUCACGAGUCGCAAUCUCAGAACAACUCGGGUCCGCCCACUUUCGACAACUUCAGCGGCGUUAGCAUUAGAGUCUCAUUCACCGGAAUCAACGCCGAAAUGAAAGACAUGCAACAGCUGUCCGGCGGCCAGAAGUCACUCGUGGCGCUGGCCUUCAUAUUCGCGAUCCAGAAGUGCGAUCCGGCGCCCUUCUACCUCUUCGAUGAGAUCGAUCAGGCAUUAGAUCCACAGCACAGGAAAGCCGUCGCAGAUAUGAUUCACGAGCUCUGCAAAGACGCCCAAUUCAUUACCACUACAUUCAGACCAGAACUGCUGGAAACGGCCGACAAGUUUUAUGGCGUGAAGUUUAGAAAUAGAAUAAGUCAUAUCGAAGUGGUCUCUAAAGAUGAGGCGCAAGACUUCGUUGAAGACGAUACACAACAUAUUCUAUCUCUAAUCAAACAAAUUCUGAAACCGAUUCCCAUU